AUGUGUAACUAUACCAUUGUCUGGUCUACCACCGAUACCGACCUUUACUGGGUUCACGGAAAGAAUGGGACAGGGGAUGAGCUAGUUGGGACCGCACAGAAUCAAGAAAAUAUUUGGGUCCAAGUCAGUCGAAACGAAUCGGUAAGCAAAUGAAUAAAUUGUUAUCAGAACAAACUAUUUCCAGAACUUGAGCAUUUUCAACUUCACAUGCUCUGCUUCCCCCGAAAUUCUCAUUGUUGGUUGUUCAAUAACAAACAACACUGAUUUACUGGCAGAUUUCUGUUUGGAAUAUAACAAUACUUCACCUUUCAACGCGAGUUAUACAGAGGUUAUACAUGUUCGUAACAGUGCAGAUUUGCCGUGUGUUUCACCUCAAAAAUCAGCAACAUGGUGAGUUAGACCAAAUAGGAAAAAUAUUUGAGAUAAAAAUACACUUUAGUGUUGGCAACAUACAUUGGUGGGAUAUGAACACACUUACAACGACACCAAAACCAAUCAGCACAAGUGCACAAAUUCAAACCACUGAGCCAGGCAAUUUAAAUAAAGAAUAUAAUUAUAUUGUGGACUUCAUAUUUUACGAUAACUAUAUACGAAACAUCCAAAUAAAUGCAUCUAUCAAUGUGACCAAUGAGCCCAAAUGUGAUUAUUCAUUUGAUUUGUUUAACAAUGAAUAUGAUGAUAAUUACUUGCUUUAUUGGAACCAUGGAGGAGAUUGGCAGGAUGGCACCGCAAUGGACCAAGAAAAUAUUUGGUUAGAAGUAAGACGGAACACUUCGGUAAGUGAAACAAACCCAAAAUGUCCAAAAAAUACGUAUAUUCGAUAAAGACCCUGACUAUUUCCAACUUCACAUGUUCUGCUAUCCCUCAAAUUGUAACUGUUGGUUGUUCAUUAACAAACAACACCGAUUUUCUGGAAGGACGAUGUUUGGAAUAUAACAGCACCUCACCAUUCGAUGGUUAUACUAAUGUUAUAAACGCUCGAAAAACUAUCGAUUCAUCGUGUAGCUCACCUAAUAAAUCAGCAAAGUGGUAAGGUUUAUUGUGAUUCAAAUAGCACGGUGGACUUAUUUCCAGUGUGGGAAGCAUGCAUUGGUGGGAUAUGGCACCAACGCCAACCUCUUCGCCUCUUCAAGAUCUAGCCAACCAAGGUGUCGGUCUCAAUAACGUUACCCAAGUUCUCAACACCACUUUAGGAUAUUCACAAAUGGCGUCGAAUCUGAGUUCCAAUGAUAUUAUGGACAUCACAACUAUUCUGAAGAAUAGUGCCAGUUUGCAAGGUAUCACUGCCGAGAAUUCCGUGCAAAUCUUAUCAAACAUCGAUAGUGUGAUGAAUGCCGGGGAAGAUCAAUUGAAAAACUCUACCAACAAUUUGCUAAAUAUUUUUGGUACAAUGGUGCAUAAUACAAAUGACACCAAAGUGGAGUAUUUAAAGGGGCAGAAUUUGGGAUUCAGCUCGAAGAAGAUUGAUUGCUCUAACUUGAGUACAGAUGACGGAUUGAUCGAUAUGGGAAAUGUUUUUGAAACAAUAAAUUCUACUUCACAUAUUGAAUCAACGAAGAAUAGUGGGGUAAUAGUCCCGUUGAGUGAUUUAUGUCAAAAUACACAACGUGAGUUUCAGCUAAAUCAGAUCAUCUCCUGAAUAUGUUUCUUCCAGUAACUCAUAUCUUCUUCACAAUAUACCGUGAUCGAAAAUUGUUCAGCCCUCGACGACCUCAUAGAACUUAUGGAAACCAAGAUGAUAUUCAACCCGUGCAAGAUCUAGAUGAGAAUGCUCUAUCUAAAUGUUCUCCCCAAAUUUCAGUAACUGCAGAUGUUCCAGUUGUCACUGCCACUAUUUUAAAUGAUCGUGUAGAAGUGUCUAGAAUAGCUCGAGAUGGAAUAAUGGCUAACGUGCAAUUCAACAUCGAAAAUAUACCAAAUCCUCUUCACGGGAAGUUCCAGGUCACCUGGUGGAACACUUCGUCAAAUCAAUGGGCUAGUGAUCAAUAUUGCACAAUCACUCAGAGAACAGAUAAAUUGAUCUUGGCACAAUGCCCACAUCUCACUGAUUUUACAGUAAUCGUUGAUGGGAGUCUCAACGAUCAGAUUGUAUGUGACGAAGCCCUUUCAAUAACUGGCUAUAUCGUCAAUUCAUUUUCUGUUUUAUCACUUUUAUUUUUAACAACAAUAUCAAUACUUGUUUUGUGAGUCAUAACAAUUUUACUUUACAACCAUCAAAGUUCAUUAUUCAGCGUUCCCAGUGAGGCUGUCAGAAAUGUUCUGGUGAUUAUUCGCGGUGAAAAACGUAGCGGUGAUUUACUAUUUGUCACGUAUUAUGCAUCACUUCUACUCUUCUACCUAAUGUUUUUAAGUUUUGUACACGAUAAUGACUAUAGCACAACAGGAUGUGUUGUAAUCGCGGUGUUUAUGUACUUUUUCAUUUUAAGGUUCGUGUCAACUAUACAGGGUGACCCAUAAGUAUACGACCAGGUCUGGGAGUUUUUCCCCGGCACCGACCGUGAAACAUGAAAUGGGUAUUUUACGGUUUCAAAAACCCUUGAAAAAUGUUAUGUUUUUGUGAAGAAUUCAUUCCUGCAUACAUUUAGUGAAGUUUUUUUUAAACCGUAAAAAUCAAAAAUUCCCGGAUCGUAUACGUAUCGACCACCCUGUAUAUAAGAAAAAAGAGAUUUUUCAGCGCAAUAAUGCUCAAUAUCAUUCAAGGAAUCCGAAUAAUCCACACCUUCCUACCCUUCAAAAUCUACAAGUUCUUCUCUAUAAUGGUAUCACCCCCGGCAGCUCUAACAAUCUCAUUCGGCAUCCCAGCUAUACUAUGCACCCUGCUAGCCACUCUCAACACCUCAUUCUUCGUGCGAAAUGACUCAUUCUGCUGGAUUCGUCCCGAUUACAUAAUCAAUGGUAUCAUAGUACCAGUGUCGAUUUUAUUACUAAACACCGCUAUUUGCACAUCAUUCGCCGCCUAUAAAAUGUUCUUUUUCUCAAACCGCUGUUCCGAUCAGGUAGAGCAUUUUGAUGGCGAGUUUUGGUCGAAAAUUGUGUACAUUGUUUUGACGGAAUUAUUUCUCGGUGCACCGUGGGUAAGUCAAAAAUAAAUACCUGAUAAGCAAAACAUUUUUAAGAUUCUUCAAUAUUUGACCCUUGCCUGGCCCACAGCAACCUUCUGGAAUUAUCUUUUCACAAUUGUCUUAGGAUCGCAGGGCUCAAUAUUAUUGCUCAUAUUCCUUUUCCAACGCAUGAAAGUUUCCGGCUCCAAAACGUCUUCCGAAGCCACAAAAACGUCUAAAUAAACAUCAUCAUACCCCCUCCUUUUUGUCACCGCCUACAUUUUUACGAGGUUUGCUAUCAUUCCCCUUAUCAAAUUCCCCCCAAAAAAUUUCCAAAUAAUCGGUUUAUGUGCUUCUCAUGUGCUCAUGGUCUAUAAGAUUCCUAAUUUUAAUUAUCAUCUGCCUAAUUAGUAAAAAAAUCGAUUGUGGUCCCAAUGACUAUACAUAUUCGUUCAAAUUAUCCGAGACGGAUUUGAGUAAUUUCACCAAUUUUUACUCGAUAAGUGUUGUGAUUUAUGUGAACUAUCUGCCAAAUGGGAUAGGUCAAUUUAAGACAAAUGUCUAUAAUUUGUCACCAUUGCAUUUUUCAAUGUUUGCAAAUGAUGAAAAGUGAGUCAGCUUCACAUUUUUCCAAAAAAAAAUUCUUCAAAAAAAUUUUUUUUUCCUCAGUUGCGGCAUAUUGUCGCGUGUUUGUACCUUCAAUUUACAAAAGGGCGAAACCCUGCAAAUAAAAAUCGUUAAAAUCGAUCAGGUGAGCGAGUGCUAUGACGUGGCAAUAUUCAAAUAUGUAUGUUCUAGGCAACCAAACUUCUCACGUUCCUCUAUAUCGAUCAAAAUCAGGAGCCGCAAAUCAAUGCGGGCAAGUGUCCAGUGACGUUUCCAGGGUUAGACCCGGUGAGAAAUUGCGUGGCUGCUGAGGAGAUUCAUAGCGAUACGAUUGGGAAUAGUUACUUGGGUGAUUUUUGCAUUUGUGGAGCGCCGUCAGCUGAUUGUUCGCCGACUAUUGCGAAUGAUUCAUGGUAGGGGUGGAUUUUUGAGAAAAUUUUUUUUUCAAUUUAAAAUUCACUGUUUCAAAAAUUGUUCAUAUUUUUCCUAGAAACUGGAAUCACAAUCUUCUCUUUGAUCUUUUCUACAAAAUUUCAGAUUGACUUAAGAUUUUCAGUCAAAUUUGAACAACCCAGAGUUCUGAAGUAACAAAAUGUUUUCUUAAAAUUUUUCAGAGAAACCUGGUGGAACACUUCGUCAAUUUUUUUUUUCAUUCGAAAUUUCACUGUUUCAAAAAUAGUUCAUAUUUUUCCUAGAAACUAGAAUCGCAAUUUUGACAUCAUACAAUUGAAAAAAAUUCUAGAAUGACACCCAGACUUCUCAAGUAUCACCUGAACAUUUACAGAAAAAUUCAACAUUUUUUUUGAAAAACAAAAUUUUUUCUCAAAAUUUUACAGAAAAACUUUCUGAAUAAUUUUCGAUUUAAAAUUCACUGUUUCAAAAAUUGUUCAUAUUUUUCCUAGAAACUAGAAUCGCAAUUUUGACGUCAUACAAUUAAAAAAAAUUCUAGAAUGACACCCAGACCUCUCAAGUAUCACAUGAACAUUUACAGAAAAAUUCAACAUUUUUUUUUGAAAAACAAAAUUAUUUCUUAACAUUUUUCAGAAAAAAAUUCACUGUUUCAAAAAUUGUUCAUAUUUUUCCUAUAAACUAGAAUCGCAAUUUUCUUUUUUCAAAAUUUCGAAAAAAAAUUCUAGAAUGACAUCCCCAGACUUCUCAAAUGUCACCUGAUCAUUUACAGAAAAAUGCAACUUUUUUUGAGAAUAAAAUGUUUUCAGCGAAACUUUCUGAAUAAUUUUUAAUUUAAAAUUCACUGUUUCAAAAAUUGUUCAUAUUUUUCCUAGAAACUGGAAUCGCAAUUUGUACUUCACAAAGUUAAGAAAAAAAUUCUAGAAUGACAUCCCCAGACUUCUCAAAUAUCACCUGAACAUUUACAGAAAAAUCAACAUUUUUUUGAGAAUAAAAUUUCCCAGAUAAUUUUCACUGUUUCAAAACUGUUCAUAUCUUUUUCAAACAUUAUUCCAAAAUCAUUUCAGAAUGGUCCCCCGAACAAUCACAGAAAAAUAAUUUAUCAAAAAAAAAAUUCCAGCAUCAGUAAUCAACCAUGGUGGCACCAGGAUAACCCAUCCUCCUCAACAUCUACAACCCCAACAACAAUAGUGACCACAUCUAGACCAAGUACCACAACUAAACCCAGCCUCACGACAGAAUCAACUAGCACCUCCACUUCUAGAUCUACGCCCAGAUCAACUAGCACAUCCACUUCUAGAUCUACGCCUAGUUCAACUAGCACAACCUCCCAAACAUCCACCUCUACCACCAGCAUGACGUCACCAACCACAAGCACAUUAAGCUCCACAACAAAAAUUUCUACUACAGUGACGACUACACAAUCUACUCCACUACCAACAACGUAAGUUAGGCUAACUCAAGGAUUAUCAGAGGUAUUAGAGGAAAAUAAAUUAUAGAACGCAGACAACUUCAACAAACUUCCCACCGUCACCAACUUCAACGCCAACGCUGAAAAAUUUGAGUGAUGUUAGUAGCAUUCACGCGUGAAAAUUUUUUUUGAAAAAAAAUUGUUUAGAGCGGUGUUGGGAUCAAUAACGUGUCAACGAUAUUAAAUGAGACGCUGGUUUACUCGAAAAUGGGGCCAAAUUUGAAUUCGACACAGGUUUUUGAGAUCUCGACAAUUUUGUAUAAUAGUUGUAAUGUGCCGGGAUUGACGGUUAAUGUGAGUUGAAAAAUUUACUGUUUCAAAAAUUGGAUUUCCAAAAUUUGAAACAGAAUAAUUAGUUUGGAGACAGUAACCAUACAUAGAGUUUGAAAAAAAUUCCGAAAAAAUUCACUGUUUCAAAAAUUCCAUAACUUAAAACCUUAAUUAAUCGUCAAUAAUUUAGAAUAAUUUGUUUUUGGAAAAAUAAAUCCACGUGGCAAAAUACUCAAAUCUUAGGUUAGGAUGAAAAUUAAUACAAAAAACCCGCAAUCAAGACUAUAAAGCCUAGUUGUCAAGCAGCCGAGCCUAGGGAACCCGAGUGUAUAGGGACCGCGCCUAGAGAAUCACUAUGACAAGGAGCCGCUUCUAGAAAAUCUAGUUAUCAAGCAGCCGAGCCUUGUGAACAUAGCUGUCAAGGAUUCGAGCCUAGAAAACCACUAUGACAAGGAGCCGCGCCUUUAGAGCUUUUAUGUAAAGCAGACAAGCCUAGAGAAUCUACUUAUCAAGGAGCUGAGUCUAGAAAAUCUAGUUGUCAAGCAACCCAGCCUAGAGAACAUGGCUGUCAAGGAGUCGAGCCUGGAAAAUCACUGCGGCAAGGAUCUCCACCUUCAGAGCUUUUAUGCCAACCCUGCCUAAUUUUAAUUUUUUUUCAAAAAAAUUCACUGUUUCAAAAAUGUCUUAACUAAAAUCCCUAAAUUUGCAAAAGUAAUCAUAUUUUUGUACUAAACUGGGGAAAAAAAGCCGAUGAUUUUUUAGUUAAGAAAAUUAAAAUCCACCAAAAAAAAUUCCUCCAGAACUCCCUCCAAAUCCUCCAAAACCUCGACAACAUUCUCAACGUCAACGAGGAGACUUUCUAUCAAAGUGGAACUAGUUCAUCUCAACUUCUAUCGAUGUUACCAUCAAUGGUUCAUAAUACGGAAAAUCAUCGGAUCGAUUAUCUAGAGGGGUUGAAUCUAGGCUUCACUGCGAAAAAAGUGGAUUGCACGGUGAGUUAGGAAUUUUGUAUCUCUGAAUCUGAAUCUAGAUCUAGAACUCUUUAGAAUCUAGACCACGACGAUGGAAUUCUCGAUCUCGGAACCCGCUUCGAACUUCUAAAUUCCUCUUCAAAAAUCUCAGAAACACAUCAAAAUUCAAUAGUCAUCCCAUUAUCAGAUCUAUGUGGAACUCAAGACUGUGAGUUUCAGAUUUUUUGGCUGAAAAUCUCUAGAUUGUUUACAGUGACUCAUGUGUUUUUCACAAUUUAUCGACAAAAAAGUUUGUUUGUCGGGCAGCAACAAUACAAUAUUUAUAAUGGAAAAUCGACGCCGCUUGGGAAACAAACAAUGAUUUUGAAUGGGAAAAAUGGAAUGGGGAAUCGGGUUCGGAGAGAUGCCGAAAAUCAGACGCGUGAGGUUUUUUUGGGAGGAAAUUUUAGAAACUAAAAAAUCUAGAGAGGCCACAGGAAAUCUAGAAAUUUUGAAACAGUAAAUUUUUAACGUUAUACAGACGAUAUACUGAAUUUCAGAAGAAAAGUGAAAUAUUCCUAAAAGUUUUGAAACAGUAAAUUUUUCCAAAUUUUUGAAAAUUAUAUUUUUUUGACAGAAGCUAUAAUAGAGUUACUGAAUUUCAGGAGAGAUCUGGAAUAUUCAUAGAAAAUUUGAACCAGUUAAUUUUUCUAGAGAAGUUUUGGUGAUUUUUAAUUGUUUACCCCUUACAUCACUAGCAAAAAAUCUAGAAAAACUAUAACUUUCUAAAAUUUUUGAAACAGUGAAUUUUUCCAUAAUUUUGAAAAAUUAUAUUUUUAAAUAGAAGUCAUUGAAGUACUGUUACCGCAAAAAAAAAAAUGAAAUAUUCAUAGAAAUUUUGAAACAGUGAGUUUUUCUAGAAACGUUUUGAUGAAUUUGAAUUUUUGAUCUAUUCAAGCAGCAGCAAAAAUUCGAGGAAAAACUACAUUUUGUAGAGAUUUUUCAAUAGCAAAAACACCUAGGAAAACUAUAAUUUUCUAUAAUUUUUGAAACAGAGAAUUUUUCCCUUAUUUUUGAAUAUUAUAUUUUUGGUGGAACAAAAAUUAUAGAACUACUGAAUUUCAGGAGAGAACUGAAAUAUUCAUAGAAAAUUUGAAACAGUGAAUUUUUCAAAAGAAUUUCUGAAGAAUCUGAAUUUUUUAACCCAUUUAAUGACAAAAAAUCUAGAAAAUCUAUAAUUUUCUAGAAUUUUCGAAACAGUGAAUUUUUUCCCAUAGUUCUGAAAAUUAUAUUUUUUUUGGCAGAAGAUUUAGAAUUACUUAAUUUCAGGAGAGAAAAAAUUCACGGAAAUUUUGAAACAGUCAAUUUUUCUAGAAAAUUUUUCAUGAAUUUGAAUUUUUGACCCAUUCAAACAGCAGUAGAAGUUCAAGCAGCAGCAAAAAUUAGAGGAAAAACUAUGAAUUUCAAGAAUUUUUGAAACAGUGAAUUUUUUGGAAAUUAUAUUUUAGAUGGAUACGAAUAAAUUGAUACUGAAAUUCAAAAGAAAAAUGAAAUAUUCAUAGAAAAUUUGAAACAGUGAAUUUUUCAAAAGAAUUUCUGAAGAACCUGAAUUUUUAAACCCAUUUAAUAACAAAAAAUCUAGAAAAUCUAUAAUUUUCUAUAAUUUUUGAAACAGAGAAUUUUUCCCUUAUUUUUGAAUAUUAUAUUUUUGGUGGAACAAAAAUUAUAGAACUACUGAAUUUCAGGAGAGACCUGAAAUAGUCAUAAAAAUUUUGAAACAGUGAAUUUUUCAAGAGAAUUUCUGAUAUAUGUGAAUUUCUAGCUAUAUCGAAAAUUCGAGAAAAAAACUAUAAUUUGCAAGAAUUUUUGAAACAGUGAAAAUUUUUCAAAAUAAUAUUUUUUGACAGAAACUUUAGUAUGAUUUAUGACUGAAGUUCGGAAAAAAAAAUGAAAUAUUCAUAGAAAUUUUGAAACAGUGAAUUUUUCAAGAGAAUUUCUGAUAAAUUUGAAUUUUAUAAAAAAAUUUUUUUAUACAUAGUGACAGCAAAAACUCCAAGUAAACUAUAAUUUUCAACUAUUUUUGAAACAGUGAAUUUUUUUGUCCGAGUCGAAAUUCUAAAAUUCACAAGCUUAUGUUAGUCUCAUUCAGCAACCUAUAGCAAAAUUAAAAGUUAGCCCAACUCAUUCAUAUUUCCAGAAACCCCCGCACCAUCCGCCUGCUCUCGCCAAACCUCUCUCAUCAAUUCCCCCGUCCUAAGCGCCACAAUUCUCAACAACGGCGUCACUCUCAAAACCACCACCAGCCAAGCAACAAUGGCGGUUCUCAAAUUCAACACCACCGGAAUCCAAAAACCGCUGCACGGUCAACUGAAAGUGACUUGGUGGGAUACCGGUCGACAACUAUGGGCAACUGAUAGACAGUGCACUAUAAUAUCAGAUGAGAACGGGAUAGUUACGGCAAAUUGUUUGCAUUUGACGGAUUUUGCGAUUAUUGUGGAUGCGGCGUUGAAUGAUCCGAAUGUUUGUGAUACGGCGCUGAUUGAUUUGGGAUAUGUUGUGAAUGGAUUUUCGAUUGUUGCCUUGAUCUUUUUGUCGGUUUAUAGUAUUUCGACCUAG